GCCCCGGCCGGCCCCCGAUCCCGGCCCCCGAUCCCGGCCCCGCCGGCAGCCGCGCCCCCUGCCCGAAAUAGCGCGGGGCGGAGUCGGCAAGGCCAUGGCGAGGCAGCCUGCGAAGACACUGUGGUACGACCGCCCGCGGUACGUGUACCUGGAGUUCUGUGUCGAGGACAGCACAGACGUGAAGGUCGUCAUCGAGGACCAGCGGCUGGUGUUCAGUUGCAAAAAUGCAGACGGUGUUGAGUUCUACAAUGAGAUCAACCUGUACGCCAGAGUCAACUCCAAGGACUCACGGGAGAAGCGCUCUGACCGGUCCAUCACAUGCUUUAUGAGGAAGUGGAAGGAGAAAGUGGCCUGGCCACGCAUCACCAAGGAGAACAUCAAGCCGGCCUGGCUCUCUGUGGACUUUGACAACUGGCGAGACUGGGAAGGUGAUGAGGAGGUGGAGAGGGCCAUGGUGGAGCAGUACGCAGAGCUGUUUGUUUCCCAUCCAGAUGCUGGAGAAGGUGACAGACAAAGGUCCCCCGCCAGCCAUGGAUGACCUGGAUGACGACUGAAGUCCGGGCCCCCGGGGGAUGCCGCGGCUGCAGGAACCUCCCGACGCCCCGGUAGCACGCACCGAUGGACAGGCAGCGCGGGGAGGGUUUUCCGAGGGAGCGGAGCUGCCUCAGCUCGUGCCCCGCCGGGCGGCAGAAGCAGUCCGGUCUGCCGUGCCCGGUUACCCGCGCGGGGCAAUAAACGUGUACUGCCGCA